AACACAAACAGUUGCUCCUGAUUCUACAGUUUUUCCUCUUUGUUAAAAUUUAAUCAGCAAUCGGAAAGAGUUCGCUAGCUAUCGAUGAAUUUCAAUUUCUGUUAUCACGCGCCUUUUACAGAAGGGAACCUGGUCAGCGGUUUUCCCCAACACGUUCACUUCAUUUUUAAUGUUAAAUUAAUAUUUUUCUUUUUUAUAAUGAUUUUUUAAAAGCUUUUUAAAGAUUCUUUUUAAGUUCUUACGAUCCCCAAAAAUCAGAAAAUACGAAUUUUUCAUUUCUGGAAUUGUGGAACUAUUUUAUAGGGUUAGGGAUAACUUCAUAUUUCUUGGUAACACUCACAGGGUCUUAUCAUGUUGCGCAACAAAGUAUGUGAUUAACAGACAAGAAUCGAUAUAAUUUGCUAGGUGAUUCAGAUACGUACAUUUCUGGCGGUAUCAAGGUAACAAGAGGAUGAUCUAGAGCCAGUUUUAUGAUUAACCUCGAGUAUCACACAGCUUUAUUCGUAUCAGUGUUUGUAACUUCCCAUUUAUGAUGAUUGGUCUGUAUUUUUUAUCUUGCUACUUGAUAACAGUUGCGGUUUCCAUUAAGUCCCGACCUGAGGAUGUUUUUUAUCAAGCUUCUGUCGUGGAGUAUAAUCCAUUCUCUGGAAAAGACGGAAAUGAUACCUUGUUCAAAAAUGCAAACGAAUAUGCGAAACUCAUCAAAGUAGCUGCUAAAGAUGCAGAUAUCAUUGUCUUCCCAGAACUUGGUUUGAAUUAUGAUGACGACACUAUUUAUAUUGAAAUUCCAAUUGGAAUAGCACCUGUUGACAACUCUAGUUCACAUCCAGUUUUAAGGCAGUUAUCAAAAGCUGCUAAGGACAAUGAAGUGUACGUUUCUUUUACUAUUCAUGAAAAAGAUAAAUCUUCAGAUGGCAAGAUUCUUAGAUACAAUACAAAUGUUGUUUUUGAUAGACACGGAGUCAUUGUUGCAAGGUACAGAAAAUAUAAUCUGUUUAAUGAGGACUAUUUAAAUGUUACUGAAGUUCCGGAAGUAGUUUUCUUCGAUUCAGAUUUUGGAGUUCGUUUUGGAAUGUUCAUAUGCUUUGAUGUAUUUUAUAAAGAACCAGCCUUGACUCUUGUAUAUGAAAAGAAUAUAACUGAUAUUAUUUACCCAUCGUGGUGGUUUUCUGAAUUACCAUCUAUGCUUUCUGUACAGAUGCAGUUUGCUUGGUCAUAUAUGACUGACACCAAUCUUCUUGCUGCAGGAAUAAACUCAAUUGAGCGAUCAAGCACUGGCAGUGGAAUAUAUGCAGGGAGAAAAGGUCCUCUUGUCUAUGUUUUCAGUGAACAAGAUGAAACUAAAAUUUUGACUGCUAAGGUAUUCAAGAAAGGAAAAGAUGAUGGUCUCAGUUGGAACAAGUGGGAGUUACUAAAGAGUUCGUUUGAUGAGAGUGAUCUGCAGCUAUGGAAUGAAGACCUAUCGUUGUAUGAAACUACUUUAUUGACUCCUGUUCGUAGUAAUGGCAGUGAAACUGACUUUAAGGACAAUUUGAUUUUAACAGAGAUACUGAACAAAACAAUGUGUCAAGGUACUCUAUGCUGUGAAUUUAAGGUUAAUAUGACAUUCACGUAUCGCCCUGAAGCUUACUUGAAUAUGUCUGAUCCAUCAUACACUAAAAAUGAUUCAUUUUAUCAUUAUCACUAUAGAUUAGCUGUUCAUGAUGGUGAAAGGGGUUUUUAUGGUGCUAAAUUUGCUGGAAUCCAAGUAUGCUCUAUAAUGCCUUGUUUAAAUUAUUCUUUAUCUAGUUGCAGUAAGAAAAGUGGUAAUACUUUACCAAUCAUGAUUGAAACUUCCAAUUAUGGAAAAAUAUAUUUGCAUUCAACCUCAUUUAAUAGUAUUUCUAUAAAAGCAGUUUCGAAAAAUUUUAUUGAUUUUACAUUCCCUGAUGUAUUAGUGUCAUUCAAUCAUUCAAAUCCAAAAUUAAAUAAAAAAGCAUUUGGAUCACUGCCAGAUGUUUCCAAAAUAAAAUUUGACACCAACCAUUUCACCUCAAACUUAAAAUUUUCAAGUGACAGGCUAGCAUUUGCUGGCAUUUACUCUAGAAUUGUUUCACGUGAUCGUGAAGAAAAAAAACAUGAAGAAAAUUCAUCUGUAAAAUGUGAAUCACACAUACCUUUAUCUAUUUUUAUGGCUCUAUUUGUAAUUUUUUCUUUUACAAAAAUGUAUAUAUAGUUAGUAAUUUUCUAUUUCUUAAUAAAAACUGUUGAGUACUGAA